AUGCUUUCGCCAAAGCCAUGCCAAGCUUUGCAUGUGCCUAAGGUUAGCGCCUCGAGACCAACUACUGACCUUCUCGCGCUGCAAACACAGCUUGUACAUCGCACCACAGUCUGCAAAAGUCAGACAUCCGCCAACAUGGCGACGCCAACACACACGACGCCCUCGGCAAUGACCACUCCAAGGAACGCCGCGACCCGAGUCUUCGGCAUCAGCGAACUGCUUGAAGUCAUCCUCGACCAUGUCAGAGCCAACGCGCCGCCUAAGACUUUCUUCAACGGCCACCACUUCCAAAACGCUCCAUCUAAGGCGCUCAUAAAGUUGACUGGAGUCAACCACACCUUCAAAGCUUGCAUUGAGCAGUCCAUAAUCCUGCAGAAGCACACCUGGCUCGGCGAAGCCGAUUGCAUCGUAUCGAAUCCAACUUGCCUCUCAAUCCCAGCUGUGUUGGUCGACCGCAAGCGCCAGACGACGGUCACUCAAGCAGCACACAUCGCACCACUUCUCUGGUUCGUGAGUCGCCAGCUAGGCUGUCCGCUCACCAGGCUCGAUUUCGACAAUAUCACCAAGACCUUCCUCAUGCACUUCAACUUCGAUACUUCCAGCAACUGCAGCACCGUGGAGUGGGACCACUCUUUCUCGUGGGAGAACAUGCGCGGUGUUCGUGGUCCACCAGGCAUCAAGAUCUUCAUGGUCAUCACCGUCAUCUUUGACAACAAGGGCAAAUCCGAGAGCUACAUGAAGGGAUUCGAGCUUCUUUGUAUGGACGCUUACCUCGGGGAAUUCCUUCAGAAGAUGCGUGAGAUUCACCGGUAUGGUUGGUCGGAGCACCUGGCGAUGCGCGAUUUGGACAUCAUGUCGGCUGAGCGAGCAGCAACUAGGCGAGUAGACAGUACUCUGCUGCUGCGAGCUGCUCUCGAAGGCGGAUGGAGGCUGAAUGAAGUGGACCGCAUCAGCAAGCGGACGACGAGUGAUCCCGCUGGAUGCAUGAGCAAUCUCUACAAUCCAAUGCUUGCUGUGGGCAUGAGAUCAAGAGUGCUGAGACCUAUUGUCGGCCGUGUAAUCGAGGAUGAGAACUCUUCCAUCAAGAACCCAUCGAGGCUGGAGGGUCCAAUUCGAGAGUGGGAAGUGAAGCCUGAUGGAUCGAACGUAUGCUUUCCUGUCCAGCUCUUUGGCUCGACGUCAAUGCGUUGUGAGCGAGAGCGAGAGGUGAGUGUAGACGGAUCACAACCAUCUCGCCCUCUGCAGCUCCCCUUCUCAACUUCAACUAUGCUUUGCGAUUGA